AUGAGAAAAGAAUUGACAAUAAAACAAGAUGACUUUUGGCAUUUAAUCAAUCGAGAACAGUUUCUUUUAUUAUGUUUUAAUGCUCAUCUACGAUAUCGUAUACCUGCAACAAGUAAUGAUUAUAUUUAUGUACACGUUAAUUGUAAUGAUAAAACUGUCGGUGAACAUGCAGAACAAUAUAUUUUAUCUUAUCUUGAACCAAAACAUACAAAAUCAAUUCCCUAUCCACUAGAAUAUAAACAAAUAUUAUGUGAUGAUGAAUUAUUAAAUCGUUUAAUGAAAGAAUAUUUAGUUCAUAUUGAAAUUGAAGAUAAAACAGAUUCACCAAUGCUUACAUUUCAUUCAACAACAUUAACUGUUUUAUUUUUGGCAAUAGAUGAUUUUCGAAAAGCUAUAUCAAAUGUUCUUGCAUCGGAUAAAUCAAUAAUUAUGAAUACACAAUCAGCUUUAGAAUCUUUAUCAAAUAAUUUUGAAAGUCAAUUAACAACAGUUGAUGAACAAGAUCAAUUUGAUGAACAAGAAAAAGCUUUAUCACCAAUUAAAAAUAGAAUAAUAAUAAAAGAUAAUAAUGAUAAUGAACAACAAGAAGAAAGUUUUUUACCUUCACCUAUUAGACAAGAACCAAAAUUAAAAAUUGCUUUUCCCGGUGCUGAGCCAGCUGCUCGUGAAACUGCUUUAAAUGAAUUUAUUGUUAAACCAAAAAAACAAAAUGCACAUUCUCGUCAUUAUAAUCCUCGUCAACAAACAUCGGAUAUAAAUGAUAAUGAUCUUGUACGUGAAAUGCGUCAAAAAUUAAAAGGACAAACUUUACGUGAUGUUAUUAUUGAUGGAGCAAAUAUUGGAAGAACAUAUGGAGAUUCCGAAUUUUCUGCACGUGGUAUUAAAUUAGCUGUUGAUUUAUUUCAUGCAUAUGGUUAUCCUGAUUCAAAAAUUGUUGUUAUUUUACCAGCACAUUAUUUAUCAAAAGAUAAAGAACGUGUUUUUCCUGAUUUAAUUCGUCGAAAAAUAGUUCAUAAAGCAUUUCAACAAAAAAUUGAUGAUAAAAAUAAACGAUUUUAUGAUGAUAGAUUAAUUGUUGAUGUAGCUGUAGUACGUAAUGGUGUUAUUUUAUCGAAUGAUUUCUAUCGUGAUUUACUUCAAGAUUCAGGUGAUGCUGUACGAAAAGCAAUACGAGAAAGAUUAUUAUGUUAUCGAUUUAUAGGAGAUAAUUUAUGUUUACCUAAUCCAGUAUCUGAAGGCGGUUUAUCACUUGAUCUGUUUCUGUCGAUGUGA